AUGAGUUCGGAUUCGACAGCUGAGAGUUCAACCGUGAACACAUACGGUAUUCGUGGGUUUCCGGCGAGCUGUGUUUGCGGGACUAAGACAACAAUCUACACGUCUGAGACUAACAAGAAUCCGGGGAGACCUUUCUUCAGAUGUCUUACGAGAAGAAAUAACCACUUGUUUAAAUGGGUUGAGGAGGCUGUUUAUGAAGAGGUUCAAGAUGCCUUACCAAAGAUUGUACUGCUUGAAGCUGAGCUUAACAAAGAAAAAUCUGAUAUUGAAGAUUUGAAAGGCGUGGUCACUGAGUUGAUGGAAGAGGUUGUAAGAGCCAAAACAGAGGUGAAGAGGUGUAAGGUGAUGAUGACGAUCUUGUUUGUGAUCAUGUGCGUGAUCAUCAUUGUCCUACUAGUUAGUUUGAUGUAG